AUGUGUAUGUGGGCUCAAUCAUACGGAGACACACUCAUAGACUUCCCAAAACCAUUGAUCAGUGCUGUGAACGGCCUGGAAAUAGGUAUAGGAGUGACAGAAAUUGCGCUCAUGGAUACAGUGGUGGCCAGCGAUGCGGCAUAUUUUCACACACCGUUCACAUCGUUGGGCGUUACAGCCGAGGCGUGCAGUUCAUACACUUUCCCUAAACUAAUGAGCACAUCUCUGGCCUCAGAUAUGUUGUUGUUUGGCCGCAAACUGACGGCUGCGGAGGCCCUACAGUGCGGACUCGUGGCACGUGUUAUACCCGGAGCCGAGUUUAGCUCAUGGGUUGAGAAGUGGGUGUUUGACGGGACGACU